AGAAAUAAAACGGGACCGUCGGAAUUGCGAUGUUCCGGUGAGAUACCAUGGGUAUGUCACAACGUCCUGUAGAACGCGGGAGUUGAAAGUUCGUUCUUGCCCACUCAUGUUUUGGGACUGGCCUAGCUGCAUUGAAACGGCUGUAAGUUUCAAAGAGCAAAAACAACCUACGGAACACUCGAAACUUAAUAACGAGCUUGUUCCAAUUUCAAGCCUCGCCUGGUGCGCUGAGCGCUCGCCACAUGGUCCGUCUUGGCGACAUGCAGAUACCUUAUUGCGCCAUCAUCAAGCGCUUUAUCUCCCUUUGAAACGAUAAUACCAUUUGUUCAUAUCUCCCACUCCAUCUACAGGAAUGUCCUGGUGGUCGCGGCUAAGCAAGCGGCAGAAAGAGAACCAGGACGACCGCGCUUCUGAAUCACAGCUCAGCGAAAAGGAUCAGAGGAUUCAGAAGGAACCGAACAAUGAUACUGACCUGAAUCCUGGAGGGUUGACCUUUGAAGAAGAUACCGCUGGAGGCUUGGGUCGUCACCUUGGUGUAACUUCUUGCACUCUCCUUAUCGUUGGGCGGAUAAUCGGCACCGGUAUAUUCUCAACACCGUCCUCCAUCCUCUCCGGCGUGGGCUCAGUCGGUGCCUCCCUCAUGCUAUGGGUCCUUGGUUUCUUGCUUAGCUUCUGUGGCCUCUUCAUAUGGCUCGAGUUCGGCACCAUGUUCCCUCGCAGUGGUGGAGAGAAGGUAUACCUUGAAGCCGUUUACAGAAAGCCCAAGUACCCUCGCCACCGUAGUAUUUGCUGCCAACGCUAUAUUACUUGGAUUCACUGCGAGCGGUUGUAUUGUCAGUCAUCUCUUGUCUUGGAUGGAUAUCCGGUGCUAAAACUUAAUUGCUUCAUCAAGGUUUUUGCUAGCAAUAUCUUGGUUGCUGCUGAACAAACCGCAGGUCGCUGGAAUGAGCGUGGAAUUGCACUCGGAGUUAUCUUUUUCGUAACCCUUCUGCAUGGAUUGACCCCCAAGACCGGCGUGCUAAUCAUGAAUUUGCUAUCGAUAUUCAAGAUCGUAAUUCUGCUAUUCGUCGUGGUCACAGGCUGGGUAGUUCUUUCUGGAAAAACCCGCGUGACAGAUCCACACUAUAAUUUCAGAAACGCGUUCGCAGGGAGCUCCACGAGUAGCUAUGAAUAUGCUACCGCCACUUUCAAAGUCCUGAACGCAUAUGCGGGAUGGUCCAACGUGAACUACGUGAUGAAUAAUGUCCGUAAUCCAGUGAGGACGCUCAAGAUCGCAGGCCCGCUCGGUCUUGGUAUAUGCGCCAUUUUGUACUUGCUUGCAAAUGUGGCUUAUUUCUCAGCUGCAACCAAGACGGAGAUCGAUAACUCUGGUGUUACUGUCGCUGCUUUGUUUUUCGGGAAUGUCUUUGGUUCUGUUGCGGAGCGUGCGCUAGCGGUUUUCAUUGCUCUCAGUGCUCUUGGAAAUGUUAUUACUAUAACUUUUGCUGCCUCACGAGUAAACCAAGAACUCGCAAAGGAAGGGAUACCCUUACCAUUCGGAAACAAAUUCUGGGCUUCAAAUUGGCCCACAGGGAAGUCCCCACUUCCGGGAUUGAUCAUCCACUUGAUACCCUCAGUCAUCGUCAUCAUCGCGCCUCCCCCAAACAUUGCUUACCCCUUCAUUUUGGACGUGGAAGGAUACCCACAGCAGAUUAUUAAUCUCUUUAUUGUCAUCGGUCUGUUCUAUCUGAGAUGGAAGAAGCCAAAUGUUGUUCGACCAUUCAAAGUAUGGUGGCCUCUCGCUGUAUUCUUCUUGGCUGCUGCUGUCUUCCUACUCGUCGCUCCCUUCCUGAGACCACCCGGCGGCAUUGGCGACACCCCACCACUACCAUAUUACCUGUAUUGUCUCGUCGGAAUCGCCAUCAUGUUCGCAGGUGUGUUGUACUGGGCUGCAUGGCGAGUCAUACUGCCCAAGGUAUUUGGUUAUGAGUUUGUACCGAGGAAGGAGAGGUUGGACGAUGGAACUGUUGUCACUGUAUUCUCGAAUAAGAAGGUACAGUGA